AUGGCGAAAGAGGAAGCUCGCAUCGGCGUCUACCGACAGAAGGCAGAGACGCUCGCCAAGGAACUGAAUGACAUGAACCUCGAGCUGCUGACCUUCAAUGAGUUCCUAGAUCGAGUUCGAAUUGGCGACGACGUGAGCGGCGUAAAGGAGGACGCGCUGGAGAUACGGCACGAAAACGAAGCUCUCAUCGCCAAUCUGGAAAAUGACUUCUCACGACUAAAAGGCUUUGAGGCGAUGAUCCGGAAGAACGAGGAGGAGCUGGGGGCGAUCACCGGCCGACUGAACGCCCUUCGAAGUCAGUUCAGCGAGGAGCAGCGCACUGAGUUUGGCAGUCUGCAGAAGGCGAGCGUCGAGCUGGGCAAGGAGUGUCAGUCGCUGGAGGGCGAGAUUGCCCAGUGGAACGGCCGCAAGGAGGAGGUGCUGGAGAGGACGAACCGAGAGGGCAGUGUCCUCAAGAUGCAGAUGGUCCAGGCGGUGGCCACUCUGCGCCAGCUGGACAAACAGCGCACCGAACUGACCAGCGCCGACAGUGGAGAGGAGAGCGAGCGGGGGCACCUGCUGGCGCAGGUCAAACGGGACAACAACUACAUCGCCUCGCUGGAAGCAAAGACGGAGGCGUUGGCAAAGGCGCUCGAAGAAGCGAACGGUGAGAUUGAGUUCUACCGAGAUGGGGCAAAGGUCAUCAAGUUUGCCGACCUGAAGCAGAAGGAGAAGACCUUUGAUGACUUUAUGGCGUCUUUCACUGAGGCCAAGGAGGACCGGCGACAGCGCAUGGAGACGGUCAACCAUGAGAUCACCGACAUCUCCAACAAGCUGGCUCGCUGUCUGAAGUACCUCAACAUUCUCAAGCAGAUCAGCGAUGUCUCCACUGGGGCGUACAACAUCCUCAACGAGCUGAUCAUCCAGAAGCGCAAACUGGAGCUGGAGCUAAACAAGAACCAGCAGAUGACGGCGAAGGCGAGCACUGAGAAGGAGAUACUGUCGAACAAGAUCGGCAAGCUGCAGGAGAGCAUCAACUCCUACUCGGACAUCUCCAAGCUGAAGGCACAGGUGGAGGCACGCCUGGAGAACACCAAACAGGCGACGGAGAAGGCCCGGCAGGAGAUGGCCGCCGUGAAGUUGCAGAUGGAGGGCGUCAGCAGUGAGCUAAGGGAGAUUCGAAUGGAGCUGGAGAAGAGCGCUGCCUUUGGUGAGGCGAGGCAGCUGGAGGAGAAGUUGCGGGCGCUGUUGCGCGUCAAUGAGACCCUCAAGGCGAAUGACAAGAGUCAGAUGAUGGGCGAACUGAAGAGCAUCGUCCUCGAAAAGGCAAAGACCUACAAUCAGACGUUGAUGGGCUUCUAG